AUUUUCCCUGGAUCCGAACGAGAUACACACAGCUAAUCAGUUGACUCUUAAACCUCUUCGGGUCGUUUUAUCUGGAAGGCAUGGUGAAUGAGUGUUUACUUUAGAACUGUGCGGGGACUGUAUCGGUUGAAUAAUGUUGUUCGAACUUAUGUCCGCCCUCGAAAGUGAUUUCUUUGUGCGUGGAAAAGUUCGGUGCUUCCGUUCCAAGAUCAGAAAAGGAGUAUACCAUUUCUGCACGCUUGAUCCCCUGCCAGACCGAACCUGAGGACGCAGCAGGGCUGCAAGUAGCGUAAGGUCGAAUACAGGUCGGACCAAAGUUCGUUCCCCAAAGUCUCUGUGAUAGUUAGUAUUAAUUUCCGAUAUGAUAAGAACCUUUACCAUCGGAUGCUGUUUGAUAUUGAUAGUUAUCAUGCCCAUUUUAUGCUCGAAACGCAACGUGGAACCUUGGAUUGAACACAACGCUAGGGUGGAUAGGUUCGCCUGUAGAAGUCCCCAACCUAGGAGCUUUGACCUGAGUGAAAUCCUGCCCAAGAACAGUACGCUAAGGACUAUAGCAGGGACUAUCUAUCCCCAGAAGACUGUUCUAUACAGGUGUGAACAUGCAGGGUGCUGCAAAGGGGUGAAACGUUGCCUCCCCAAUAGUAUAGACGAGGUCAAAUUGGUUUUCGCAGUAAUAUCGCCAGUUAUGAAGCCGAACACUCAGUACCAGCAAGUGACGGUUUUGAACCACACACAAUGUUCUUGCCAGAACAGGAAGGACAAGCCAAAAUAGUUUCGAAAGUUGGCUGGGAAUUUUGACUGUGGAAUUGAUACUUCUGAAGAAUUUUACUGGUGAGAAAUGACUAUAAUCCUGUGGAAUGGAACAAAUACUUGAAACAGUUUUAAGCGAAAAUGAGUGAGUUACAACUCCUAUUAUCAGAAAACUGAAUAAUUUAAUAGAGCCGCUUCUUCGACCUCUUCGAGAAAACUGAGAAUGGAUUCAUGGCCAGAUAAGAGGAUUAUGCAACGAUCUGUGAUAGAAAUAGUUAAACCUGCAAAUAUUUAUUGUGUAAUUGAGAUUUUGAAGUUUUGAUGACUUGAUGUUAGGAACAAUGCAAAUUUAAAAAAAAAAUUAUUACGUGUUACUUCAGAUACCUCAACUGACUAUUUAUGUCCAUGUUUGUAAGUAAGUGUGAUAAUAGAUUUAAAUGUUUUUACCGACUGAUUUGAAGGAAUGUAAACGAAGGUCUUGGAAUAUUUUGAUAAACAUAUUUAUAUCGGAAA